GGCAACUCUGUUUGUUUUCUAGAUAUUUCCCUAUUCAUUGUAUUGUCAGGAUUUACUUAAAAUAUUCGCUUUUAUUUCGACAAACAAUUCUUACACAGAAUGUCGAUGCGAUUUGAUUGGUAUCAAACUGAGACCAAAGUGGUCAUAACAGUGCUCUUAAAGGGCGCCAUUGAGAAAAAUUAUAACGUCAAGAUUGAACAACAGAAAGUACAUAUGACCGCAGAUGGCCACGAAUUGAUCCUAAAUCUUCUCCAUCCUAUUGUUGUGGAUCGCUCCUCUCACAAAGCCUUCUCAACAAAAGUAGAAAUAUCAUUGAGCAAGGAGUCGGGCGUGCGUUGGGAAAAUCUCGAACAAAAGGCCGACGUUGUUGCAGAACUGUCCACUCGUCAGGCAAAGAACUGGGAUCGUUUGGUCAGCGAAGAGGAAAAACUGGAUGAAAAGGAGGCAAAAGGGGAGGCCGCUUUAAACCAGCUAUUCAAAAAGAUCUACGGUUCAUCCUCGCCGGAAGUUCAGAAGGCCAUGAACAAAUCUUAUUCAGAAUCUGGAGGCACUGUAUUAAGCACCAACUGGAACGAGGUCUCCAAGGAAAAGGUCACUGUCAAGCCGCCUGAAGGUACUGAAUUCCGCCAAUGGGACAAGUAAAACAAAUAAGAAACACAAAUUCAUAUUCAUUAAGUUUUAAUAUAAUAUAAUUUACAGACACAGAAAUGAUUAUGCUAAUAUUAA